CUCCGCCUCCCUCCCCAGCCGUGCCUGCGUCCGAGGGAAGCAGGUGAACGCGGGUGGCAGCUGGGCGAGGACGGACGGCGAGAGCUCGCGAGCCGGCGGGGGAGGGGGCACCCAGAGCGCGGGGUAACCAUGCUGGCCAAUGCUGCUACGAUGCGGAUCCUCAUCAAGGGGGGGAAGGUAGUCAACGAUGACUGCACCCUGGAGGCUGACGUCUACAUCGAGAACGGCAUCAUUCAGCAGGUGGGCCGUGAGCUCAUGAUUCCUGGUGGAGCCAAGGUCAUCGACGCCACUGGGAAACUGGUGAUCCCAGGUGGCAUUGACACCAGUACCCACUUCCACCAGACCUUCAUGAAUGCUACUUGCGUGGAUGACUUCUACCAUGGCACCAAGGCUGCCCUGGUGGGGGGCACAACCAUGGUGAUUGGACAUGUGCUUCCAGAUAAAGAAACUUCCCUGCUGGAUGCUUAUGAAAAGUGCCGCAGCCUGGCUGACCCCAAGGUGUGCUGUGACUAUGCCCUGCACAUGGGCAUCACCUGGUGGGCACCCAAGGUGAAAUCGGAGAUGGAGACACUGGUGCGAGAAAAGGGCGUCAACUCCUUCCAGAUGUUCAUGACCUACAAGGAUCUGUACAUACUGCGGGACAGCGAGCUUUACCAGGUCUUCUGUGCCUGCAAGGACAUUGGGGCCAUUGCCCGUGUCCAUGCAGAGAAUGGGGAGCUGGUUGCCGAGGGAGCCAGGGAAGUGCUAGACCUGGGCAUCACUGGUCCAGAGGGAAUCGAGAUUAGCCGGCCAGAGGAGCUGGAAGCUGAAGCCACGCAUCGUGUCAUCACCAUCGCUAACCGGACUCACUGCCCCGUCUACCUGGUCAACGUUUCCAGCAUGUCGGCUGGGGAUGUCAUAGCCACAGCCAAGAUGCAAGGAAAGGUUGUGUAUGCAGAGACCACCACGGCACAUGCCACACUGACGGGCUUGCACUACUAUCACCAGGACUGGUCACAUGCAGCGGCCUACGUGACUGUGCCACCCUUGCGGCUGGACACCAACACCUCCACCUACCUCAUGAGCUUGCUUGCCAAUGACACCUUGAACGUAGUGGCUUCUGAUCACCGGCCGUUCACCACCAAGCAGAAGGCUAUGGGCAAGGAGGACUUCACCAAGAUCCCACAUGGAGUCAGUGGGGUUCAGGACCGGAUGGCUGUCAUCUGGGAACGUGGCGUGGUGGGGGGCAAGAUGGACGAGAACCGCUUUGUUGCCAUCACCAGCUCGAAUGCUGCCAAGAUCCACAACCUGUACCCCCGAAAGGGCCGCAUCAUCCCUGGAGCAGAUGCUGAUGUGGUUGUGUGGGACCCAGAAGCCACAAAGACCAUCUCAGCCAGCACCCAAGUCCAAGGGGGUGAUGUGAACUUGUAUGAGAACAUGCGCUGCCAUGGGGUGCCACUGGUGACCAUCAGCCGGGGGCGAGUGGUCUACGAGAACGGCGUCUUCAUGUGUGCAGAGGGCACCGGAAAGUUCUUCCCACUCCGCUCCUUCCCAGAUUCUGUGUACAAGAAACUGGUGCAGCGGGAAAAGAGUUUAAAGCUUAAGGGCGUGGACCGCACCCCGUACCUGGGGGACGUGGCUGUGGUUGUGCACGCUGGGAAAAAAGAGACGGGGACGCCACUUGCAGACACCCCCACCCGACCUGCCACAAGACACGGGGGCAUGAGGGACCUCCACGAGUCCAGCUUCAGCCUGUCCGGUUCUCAAAUCGAUGACCAUGUUCCAAAGCGAGCUUCGGCCCGGAUUCUCGCUCCCCCCGGAGGCAGGUCUAGCGGCAUUUGGUAACUGCCCCCCAGACUUGUCCCCCAACUAAGGACACCAUCACCACCCCCCACUUGCCCGGCUGCCUUCCACACCCUGCGGGCCCGAGGCGGCCACACCUUUCACCGGAGCCAACGACACCAGCGAGCCCUUCACCGCCCUGUGCCCAAUGCCAUGCGGACGCAGGCGGAAAUGAGGCUGAGAGGGUAGGAGCCCUGCCCUGCCCUCCUUACCACAAUGGCUGCACUGAAAUGUCGGGUGAUGCGCCUAGGAAGAGCCUGCCUCUGUUGCUAUGUUAGUGGAGGGUGGGAGCUCCCUCCAGUGCUGUGGCGGUGAGGGAGGGUCUGGCCUGGGCAGGGGGCAGGGCCGAGGGGGCCUGUCUGUGCUGGUUCCUUUCUGUUUUGCACGUUGGGUUUUUGGAUCAGUGACAUUUUUGACUUGUUUGUGCAUCACGUGGAAAAAAAAUACUGAAAUAAAGGUACUUUUGUGUGACUA